CAGAUUGUAAACACUGGUCGCCGCGGGACACGUGCGUGAGGGACACGUGGGAGGCUCCUCCUAGCUAAUACUUCGUGCUCGCUACAUUUUCUCCCCUCGGUGUGCUCAACAUCAAACACAGCAGCGGAGUCAAGGGAGCAUAAGUGUGUUUCCAAAGACUGGCUUGAGGUGAGGCUCAGCUGGUGAGUGUUAUCAUCCUGUGCAUCAGCCUCUCUGCCAUGGCUACUUCACUGUCGUCACAGCUGCUGCAGCUGGCCGCGCCGCAGACCUCCAUCUUUGACCACAAGCGCGACCGACGCUCCAUUUUAUUUGACCCAUCAGAAGCAGCAAAGUUUGGACGAGACGUUUAUUAUGAUAUUGGCUUGUCAGGCUAUGAGGUCCUUGCCGCCACUGACCCAGUUUUCCGACCGUUUGCUUCAAGUCUGUUUGGUCGCAGCAGCCACGACCUCCAGCGUGCGGUGGAGACGAGGGAGGUAAAUGCAAAGCUGGACUUGGAGAUAGAAAAGUUCCUCCUUCUUCUGUGCCCCUACCUGGAGAAGGAGGCAUCACUGAGGGCCCUGGAGUGGCUUGUGUACAGGUGUGUUGAAGCUUAUCACCUUGCCUGCACUAACCACACACCUGUCCAUUUUGUUUGUGUACAGGUGUGUUGAAGCUUAUCACCUUGCCUGCACUAACCACA